CUUGAAGGGGACUUGGACUGACUGACCUUGCCUCUACCUCUCCCUUUGCAAAUGGCAAUUCCAACCCCACGGCGCAGCUAACAAGGCUUUGGAACCACCAUACACGCAUCGCACUUCCAGAAACAGCCUCUCCGCCCACUCCUCAGUAGCACAGGGAGUACGGGCGUUCUUGUUUUUUUUCUCCUUGCCUGCCAGCCUACCGCCACCGCAUCCUCCACACACAUCCACACACAAAACAUCCUCAGAAAUGUCUGACGUACAAGCAAGGCCAGCCGCCUCGCGCGGCAGGGGCUCUGGUCGAGGGGGAAGAGGUGGCUUCACCAGCAGGGGAGGGCGGAACGCCUCUCGUUCUGCUGCUACCAACGGCGACCCAAAGCACGACUCUGAAUCCAACGCCCUACCAACCCUCGAGGAUCAAGGCGAGAUUGGCGAUCUGAAUAAGGCCUUCGGUUCCAAGGUCUCGCUCAUCAAGGAGGUCUUCCCCGAUUGGUCAGAGGUCGACAUCCUUUACGCUCUCAAGGAAACUGACGGCGACGAGACCUCGACCAUCGAGCGCAUCGCCGAUGGUACCAUCUCACAGUGGGGCGAGGUAUCGAAGCCCAAGGACAAGAAGUCCAAGUCCAAGGCCAAGGACAAUACCUUCACUACCACCACUGGCGCCGAUUCCCCAGCCGUCACGAAUGCUCGAACCACCAGAGGUGGCCGGACCGACGGAGCACGUGGCCGUGGGCGUGCUACUGAGCGUGGCGCCCGCAGUGCUGCCCGUGGCAGAUCCUCGACAGCGACGACCAACGGGCGCCUCAAGGAGAGCCAACCUCUCUCCGUCCCCACAGAGGACUCCAACGCCUGGGACGCCACCAAGAACGACAAUGAUGGCGGCUGGGCUGCUGGAGCUGCUGCUGUUGCCGCUGAGAGCGCUCGGGAUGCCAACGCCGCCUCUGAUGCAACUACUGCCCCGCCACCUCCUGCUGCUAAACCCGCCGCCGGCGCCGAGGCUGCUCAGUCGACUGUCAUCCCUCAAGGGACCGCAAAGACUUGGGCCAGCAUGCUCCGACAAUCGACCGCCGCCCCCAAGCCCGCCCCUCAGCCCACUAAGGAGGCUCCUGCGCCCGUUCCAGAAGACGAGCCCGAGCCCGAGCCUGCUGUCGAACCUCUCACCGCCCCUAAUGAACCCCGCGCGUCGGCUCCUGAGCCCGAGCCCGAACAGAUCGCUGAGCUUUCUGCUGAGCCUGCGCAAGAGCAAGCUUCCGCAGAGAAACCUAUGGUAGUCGUGCCAGAAGUUGCUUUGACGCCCUCCCAGGACCAGUUGACUGAGACGAACCUUGAGCAGGUUGUCGACGAAUCCCACCCACCUGUGACAGAGACAGCUGCCAGUGAGGCCGCCGACUCGUGGGACCCGCGAGCCUCCACCAUCAGCGCAAACGCAACACCCAUUUCCGCCUCUCACGCCCAACAUCAGGCCCCAAAGGCACCUUCGAGCGGAUUUGCCGCGACCGCCAGCCGAGCCACAGAGCGCGCCCCCAUCCCCCGCACUCCCAGCCAGACCCAGCGGCGGUUCCUGAACCAAGAGGAGGCUGUGCGUAUGCCCCAGGCAGCCAACCAGCAGCUGGAGCGCGCUACUGUCCAGUUUGGCGCCUUUAACCUUAACGGAAGCGAGGACGACAUUGAUGGUGACCGUGAGGAGCCGGAGACGCGUGCGCAGCCCCCCGCCGACUCUCCAGUCACCCAGCCUCGGGCCUCACUGCCGCCCGCCCCUCCUGGCCCCGUCCCGGAAGCAUUCUCUGCCCAGAAGCCCCCAGUGGCCCUCCCACCAAGCACUGGUCCCUCCGGCGCCCCAGUCCCCCCAACUGCGCCUGCAGCCCACCAAGCUCCUUCUGCACAAGCGCCUGUGGCACAGCCCCCGAUCCAGCCAGCCGCACAGCAACAGUACGGUCGAUUCGGUCAGCCAACUGCCCAGGAACAACAGUCCUCAUUCCCUCCUCAGAAGCCUUUCGACUCUUACAGCCCGGCCAAUCCAUCUACGGGCCAGUCCCAAUUCGAGGGCUUUCCAAGCCAGCAACAGUCGCAGCCUCAGAACCAGCAACCUGGUGCCGCUUACAGCUCAUCUGCCGACCAGUACACCUCCUUUUACACCGCUGACCAGCAGAACCGCAACCCUUACUACUAUGGGCAAAACUAUGGCCAGCAGCAGCAGACGAGCCAGGCCCCACAGGACGGUGGUCUCGCUGCACGGGCUGGUUUCGGCGGAUACGGCGCCUCGCAGGGUGAUCUGGCCAGCCAGUAUCCUCAGAGCGCCAACCAGUCCCGAUUUGGCACCGCUGUUACUCAGGAUCCAAACAGCGGCAACACCACGCCCAACCCAACUGCUCAAGGCCAGCAGCCAACGGCGCCUAGCCACCCGCAGGGCCUUGCCAGUCAGCAGCAGCAGCAACAGCAGCAGCAACAGCAGCAACAGCAGCCUGGAAACCAGUUCUACAGCCAGCCAUACUAUGGACAGUUCUACUCCAACUACAUGAACCAAUACGGUGGCUACGGCCAAGGCGGCUUCCCAUACGGCAAGGCUGGCGGCCUCUACGGCCAGCCACACCACUACGGGAUGUCUCAGCAACAGACUCCAUUCGACCAUGGAUCAUCGCCUGCCACUGGAUACCCGCAGUCUUCUCUGCACCGCAACGACAGCGGCGGCGUCGGAUCCGGCCUUGGCGACUACGGCCGAGCAGGGUCUGCACAGUCGGGUGCUCAACCCGGGCUUGGAAGUGCCGGUUUUGGGGGCAUCCACGAUACCUUUGCCCGUGGUGGCUCCUAUGGCGCCGCCCAAGCGGGCCAGUCGUUCAAUACACCUGCCGCACAGCCGGCCGCUUCGAGUGCUGAGAAGUUAGAGCCGUACGGCGACGCCAAGGCAGCAAGUGGACCCAGCCCUUCACUGGUCGGAGCCAGGCCAGGCUCUGCCACCAAUACCGGCCCAUCGCAGGGCGGCCUGCCGCCUCCACAGUCUGCCCAACCAGGGAUGGGGUACGGCGGGUAUCCUAGCCACCUGCAGGGCCACGGUGGCUUACACGGCGCCCAGUCUGCAGCGACAGGCUACGGUAUGGGGGCAGGAUCUGGCCAGGCCCACCAGAACAGCCCGUACUCUGCCUACGGCGGUUUCGGUGGCAACAGCUACUACGGCUCCGGAGGACCUCGCCACGGCGGGUGGGGCUCAAACUAUGGUGGAGGCAACAACUUCUAGAAAAAGCCACCUGGUCGUGCUCCUUCGUCCCAGACUCGUCCCGAAAAGACAGCAGCAUGAAGCUGCCAGUGGACUAGCCUGGCUGCCCAACCGCCCUCUCACUUUGACCGGACAAGGAGUUGGGUUAUGAAGUUUCCAGGAGUUUGUCUUAAUGAGGGAUGGCAGGAUUGUCCCAUCAAUCACGACUCCGACGUGCGGGGGCUUGUUGAAUUGGAAUGAAUCGGUUGAAGGCCUGGCUGGGUAUGAGUCAUUCCUGCUUUGCGAGAGUCACCUUUUGUGACUUGUUUCAUCACUCUAUGUACGAUUUUACUCAGGGUCACCCGGAAUGGAAAGGCGAAGAACGCAAAAUUGCGGACAGAUUUUUACGUUCAAGAUUGUUUUUGUGCUUAUUACUACUGCGCUGACGAUGUGUUAGUUUGGUUCUCAGUUUCGUAGGAAAAGCUGCACCUGUGUUCUUGUUUUCACCCACAAAGUAUUACCACAAGUCCUAUGACCUUACUCUCAUUACUACUAACAAUAAGUCAAGCCUAAGCACAUGCUACUUCUACAUUAAAAAUAUAAUAUAUUAAAUUUAAAAGUA